AUGGAGUCAAUGGAACAGACUUUCAACGGUCAAGUCAAUUUUGGCCGCAAGGCUACAGUUCAGGUAGCACGAAAUGGUGACUUGAUUUACCGCACCUACCUCGAAUUGGACUUCCCGGCUGUUUCCAAGAACUCUACGACCACUCAAGGUGGAACACCCUCGGUUCGAUGGGUGGAUGAACCCGGCCAUGUGAUAUUGGACGAUUUCUACCUGGACAUUGGUGGUACGACGAUUGACAAGCACUAUGGUGUGUGGCUGUCCAUUUGGAAUGAGCUCACCCAGACGGCAGAGAAGGAAGCCACCUACGACAUCAUGAUUGGCCACACCACGGCCAACACCACCCCGGCACAGAGUUUGAAUGCCUUUACGGCUUACGUGCCCUUGAUUUUCUGGUUUGAAUUUUGUGAACCGAAAAAGCCAUUUGUACCAAGGUUUUGUGGAAACACGGGACUGGCCCAGAGUAACGAAUCUGGGAUGCAGGUAAAAAGCAAAUGGAUUGGGUCAUCCGCAGCCAAGCUCCUAAGUCUGUAA